AUGGAAGUCGUCGAGGUUAACGAUUACCAGUGUCAUUCCGACGGCGAAGAGGUCGUCCUGCUGGACAUGGACAAGGCGAACGGCGUGGAAGACGACUCGCCCGAGGUGCACGAAGUGACCGUGGACGACGCCAGCGGCAUGGACGUCAUAGAGACGUGCGAAGACGACUCGCAAGAUCGAAUGGAGAUCACCGACAUGGUCAUCGAAAUAAUCCCGAACGAAGAGGGCGGUGCGUCUGUUGAUACUGUAGCCGACGGUGAUGUCUCUACAUCGAACGAGGCAUCGACUGUGAACAACGUGUCCAACGACCAGGCAGCAGAGAAGGAAGAUGACUCGCAAAUGGAUGUAGACAUGGAAGACGACAAAAUUGUCGAUGUGGAAAACAAAGUUGUCGAGUCGGUGAAUGAAGUAAAUGAAACCGAAGAACCCGAUAAAAUCGCCAAUGACAUUACAGACAAUUCUGAAUCUGCCACUAAGAAUAAAGAAGAUGCUGUUAAAAUUAAUGAAGUUAACAAUAAAACAAUUAAAACAAAAGGUUUAGUUCAAGAAACCAAAAAAGCUGAUGGUUCGUUAGUUCUAACAAAAGACAAAAUAUCUGUUACAAUUCCUCAACAUAUCGCGGGCCGUGAUAUGGCGUCAUUGUCCGAAGAAACACUCCCUCGUUCUGGAAAACGAAUGUUAAAACCUAGAUUUGGCGUUAAAGUACCUUACAUUCAUAUGACAAGCCAGAUUGUAACGCAAGAUGAAAUCGCCAAGGAGUUAUUUGAAAGGUUUCAACAGAAGUAUCCAAUAACCCGUUGUGAUAAGCCAGACAAAGUUUUUUCCAUGAAAUUAUCACACCGACUGCCUAAUAACAUUUCUGGAUCAAAAACCCCAGAUGGGAAAUCAAAAGAUGUAAAUAAAAGCCCCAAAAAAUUAUCAAAUACUAAAAGUGAUUUAUCAAAUAAAAAAUCAGAGAAAACUGCAGACGUAGACACAAGUAGUAAACCGACAAUUAGUAAAUCCGAUCCUAAUAAUAAAUCAGAUGUUAAACUACCAAGCUCAACACAAUCUAUAGAAAAUAAUUUAAGCAAUAUUCAAGGUCCGGAUGUCCAGGAAUCCAAUAAUAUUUCCAAAGAAUCCAUAGAAGUGAAUGAUUCUAAACAUAUUGAACAAAUAACUAAUACUCUUCAAAUUUUAGAUCAGUCAGCUGAUCAACAAGUCAAUAAUGUGUCUGAAGAUAAAAAUGAUGAAAAAAUAUCUUCUAAUGAAGAGUUAAUAGCUAUACUCGAAGAUUUCGAGACCAUUGAAGCAGAUGCUAUCCAAAUACCAGAUGUGCCAUUGGCAAUUCCUUUGCCAGUACCAACACCAAUACUUACAACACCACCAAAACAAACUGUAAUUAAAAAGAAAAUAAUCCGAAGCACUACUAGAACUAAAAGAUCUAAACCGAAAUUGGAUCCAGAGUUAGAAAAGCAAAUAGCUUUAAAACAGCUUCAAGAAGUUUCAAGACCUAAAAGAUUUGAUUCUCUUUAUGCCAAAAGAAAAAUAGAAAUUGAUAAAAAACUAUUAGCCAAAAAUGAUCUUGGUUCUGUUUUGAAACGUAAGAAACCAACACCCGAUGAUGUACCUGAAGUUAAAAUAGCUAUUGAUCAAUAUAUUAAAUCAUAUACGGACAAACGUCAAUCGAUCAUUAAAGUGGAACCAAUUCCCAAUGAUGAGGUUGUUAGUGAGAAUACUGAAGAAGAAAUUGUGCCUGAAAUUAAAACUAAUGAUGUCGUUAAAGCUAGGACAAUGAGGGAAAUUAAUCGUCUUUUAGGUGAUGAAGGAGCAAUAAAUAUGAUAUAUUCUCUUGAAAAAAGAAGAUCCCCUGGUAAUAAUAAUGCAAAAAAUAUUCUUCCGUCAACUAGGCGCAAGAAAAAGGACCUAAUGUUGAAAACUAAAUUGGUUAAAAAUGCCAUGCUUAAAAUGAGUUCUCCAGCUACUGCGUCUUUGUCCUCUAACCGCCUUGGGCGGCGUUCAGAUGUGUGUACUCCAUCUAUUUCCCCUGAGAAUAAGAGCACAAGGAAAACUUCUAUAGAUUCGCAGGGUUCUGAUCAGUCUUCUAAAUGUUUGGGAAAUUUCUCUGGUAGGAAAGCAAUUCCAGCUGACGAGUCUAAAAUUAUUAGAAAACAUUCGUCGAGCAGUGAAGCAUCUAGUGUUGGUGGUAGCCCAAUACUUUCAGUUCCUGAAACUGUACCUAUUAAUAACUUGACUAUAAAACACACACCUGUAAAAGCCUUGAGAGUAUAUACCAGAAAAAAUAAAAACUCCAAUGAUAUAUUAUUGAAUUCAAGCGAUCCGCCAUUUGUUGAAGUGAGCAAAGGAACAAAUAAAAGUUCAGUUAAAACCAAGAAUUCUAAUAACCUAAAAGUUAAAAAACAACCAGUGCCAGCAUCGACAAAACUUUCGAGAUCAUUAGCGGAAAGCAUUAAAAAAGAGGUUGAAGACACUACUUAUAAUGAAAUCACUUUAAGACGUUAUGACGGAGUCGUACAUAUUACAUUAACACCAGUUUCAACCGUUAUGAAAAAUGCUUUAAACAUAUCAGUAAUGGAAGAAUUGAUGAGAGAGUUGAAUCAUUUAGAAAAUGAUGAUACUUGUAAAGUGGUUCUAGUGUCUUCGGCUGGCAGAAUAUUUUGUCAAGGUUUGGAUAUAGCUCCUCUUGUACACGAUGAUCAACAAAAAUGUGUAGAAGCAGCUUUAGACAUUUCAUCUACUCUUAAGAAAUUUAUCUCAUGCCUAAGUAAUUUUCCCAAAUUACUUGUUGCUGGUGUGGAUGGAGCAGCAGUCGGACUUGGUGCUACUAUGCUAGUCCACUUUGACUUAGUUUUUGCUAGUGAUAAAGCAACUUUUGAAACACCAUAUGCACAACUUGGUCAUAUUGCCGAAGGUGCGGCCACAACUAUUUUAGGUAGACUUUUAGUCGCUGAAAUGAUUAUGGGUAGUCAGAGAUUAACUGCUGGACAAGCUCACUACUAUGGUCUGGUGACCAGAACACUAUGGCCUGAUCGAUUCCACGAUGAGUUAAUACCAUUGGUCAAAGCAUUAGCAAGACAGUCAUUACAGGCAAUGAUAACUUCUAAAGCUCUUCAAAAACAAGAAACCAAAGAAAAAUUGGCAAAAGCAUUAGAGUCUGAAACACAUAUCUUAGUACAGCAAUGGACUGGUGAUGAAUGUCAACAAAAUUUACAAGCAUACUUGAAAGAUGCAGUUGACAACAUUAAUACCUAA